GCCAUUGUAUAUUCAGUGUAUCAGACCCACAACAUGUCUACCUUCGCCUUCCUCCUUCUCUGCGUGCAGGCUUGCCUCAUCCACAAUGCGUACAGCGCGUGUCUCGGCGCCGGCUACUACGGUGCUGGUCUCGGCUACGGCUAUGGCGGCCUCGGCUAUGGAGGAUGCGGACUAGGCGGCCUCGGUUACGCUGGUCUUGGUUAUGACGGAUUUGGCUAUGGCGGCCUUGGUUACGGCGGCUGGGGCUACGGCUAUGACGGUAUCGGAGCUGGUUACGGCGGUGCUGGUGUUGGUAACGUUGCUGUCGCCGGUGAGCUGCCCGUGGCUGGUACCACCGCUGUCGCCGGUCAGGUGCCCAUCAUCGGCGCCGUGGAGUUCGGCGGUACCGCGGCUGCUGCUGGUGCUGUCUCCAUUGCUGGACGUUGCGGUUGCGGCUGCGGUGGACCCUACCUUUACUGAUAAUUAUAAUUCACGACAAAUGGAAUGUAUUGGCAAAACUAAUAGAAUACACUAAAAUGCAUGA